CACUAUUUCUAGGUCCCUGAGUUUAAGGUGAUUAUUAUACAAUUUAAAAAAUAAGAACAUAGCUAAACAAAUAAAUUACAAUUUUUAAAAUGUCUGGUGCAAGUAACCUUGAUGAUGAAAAACAAUCUUUGUUGGCUGUCUUACAGUUCUUAAAGAAAAAGAAUUUAAAGGGUGCUGAAGAAGCCCUCAGGAAAGAAACCGGUCUCGAUUCUGUUUCAACUGAGACUCACACAACUACCGAAAAUGAACCUGAUCUUUCUAAUGUGUUAUCAGAGUAUGAAAGUGAUGCUGAUCCGUUACGGUAUGAAGAGUACUAUCAAGGACUUCAAGAGUUUGUUGAUAAAAGUCUUGAUAUUCAUAAACAUGAAUUGUCUCUCGUCCUUUACCCAGUGUUCGUGCAUCUCUAUCUUGAAUGUGUUUACAAAGGUUACGUUACAGAGGCGGAAAAGUUUUAUAUAAAGUUUAGCAAGUUUCAGGAAAGCUACCGGCAAGAAGAUCUUGAGAAGUUGCGUAUGCUGAAACAGCGUGAUCAUAUGCAUACAAAGAAUGAAUAUUUAAACUUAUUCAGGAGUAACAAAUAUGUCAUUAAAAUGGCGAGAGAAUCAUUUAAUGUAUUGAAAAAGUAUCUACAAUUGCAGAAACAAGACGUCCUGUUAAACCUGAUUCAACAGCAUUUUCAUUUGGAUGUAUUUGAUGGCCGACCUCGAAGCAAGCGAACUAUUGAAGCCACCACCGGUUAUUUAACUGGAGAAGCUCCACCUGAUGCAAACAAAUCGAAAGUUUUCUUUGGAUUACUUCAUGAUCCUGAGUUAUUAGCAGCUCUGGCUGAUGACGGUGAUAGUGAUGAAGACAAAGAUGAAGUGGCAAUGGAUAAUAAAGAGAAACCGAAAAAAAAGAAAUCAAAGAGAGAUGAUGCAAAAAAACGCCAUGCUACCGAUCCGAAUGCACCGAAGCCAGAUCGUAUACCGUAUCCAAAAUUAAAAGAUAGUGAAAAGAGAUGGAAGUUAGCAAUGUACAAAGAUAUUAGCCGACGCUUACAUGUUGCCCCGGAUAAAAUUCCUUCAGUUUGUUUUUACACAUUUCUCCACACACAAGAAGGGUUGAACUGUGUUGAUAUAAGUGAGGAUUCUUCACUCAUCGCGUCUGGUUUUGAUGACUCCACUGUUCGAAUUUGGACGUUAACGCCCAAGAAAUUGCGCAUGUUAAAAACAGUGAACGAACUUGCGAAAAUCGACAAAGAAGCCGAUGAUGUUUUGGAAAGAAUACUAAGCGAUAAGUCUGCUGUUGAGAGUCGCACCAUGUGUGGCCAUUCUGGACCUGUGUAUGGUCUUAGCUUCAAUCGUGAGAAAAGCUUUCUUGCUUCAGGUUCGGAAGACGGGACAGUACGAUUAUGGAGCUUGCACACGUUCACGAAUGUCGUUGCAUUGAAAGGACAUUUGUAUCCUGUGUGGGAUGUCAAGUUCUCACCUCGUGGGUACUAUUUUGUCUCUGGUUCGUAUGACCGCACCGCUCGAUUAUGGUGUACUGAGAAUGCUCAUCCUCUUCGAAUAUUUGCAGGACAUUUAUCUGAUGUGAAUGUGGUAGAUUUUCAUCCGAACGGUAACUAUGUUGCGACGGGUUCUGCUGACCGAACUGUCCGAAUUUGGGACUUGCACUCGGGAAGUUCUGUUAGGUUAUUUACAGGACAUAAGGCUGGUGUACAGAGCGUUCGAUUCUCACCAGACGGACGCCAUCUCGUUUCAUCAGGAGCGGAUAAUCGUGUGUUGUUAUGGGACAUCGGUGAAGCCGCACCACUGGCAGAUUUUGAAGGACAUACGGCCAAUGUUCACUCCCUGUGUUUUAGUAGAGAGGGGCAUAUGCUUGCAACAGGAGGUAUGGACAACUGUGUAAAACUUUGGGAUGUGAAAGCGGCUUCUCACAUGGAUGAUGAUAACGAUGGCAUUUCAUCAAGUUCUUCCACUCAGAAAUCGUUUGAGCUAGCAUCAUUCGUGACGAAGUCUACACCAGUUCACCAUUUACAUUUCACUCGAAAAAAUUUGUUACUCGCUUCAGGUCCAUUUAUGCCUCCGACAUAAUUUCUGCAGUGUGAAGUGUCACAUAUCACAUUUAGCAGUUUUUACUGCUUGAUUUUCAGCAUGUCAGGUAUUAUACUACGUGUCUUCAUCAAUAAAAUUAAAAAUUCAAAGUGUGGUUUUGCCGUAUGGCGUUGAAUUCAAAAAGUUGAAUGCAAGGUUUACGAGAAAAUACCGUUACAUCGAAUCGCUUGACGUCAAAGUGCACAGGACAUAAAUUUAUGUAUGAAAUGUUCUUACUUAUAUGUUUGAAAACAAAUUUUCAUUCACA